GAGGCUUUCGCAAACCAAAAAUGUCUGCCUAAGGGGAACUCGUUAUUGAUAUAUAGAGGAUAAUUUCCUUGAUAUUACCACUUAAAUCCACAUUUUCCUGAAUUGAGCUUUAUUCAAGAAAGAGAAGCAUCAUCAGAUCACCCUAGUUGGAUUUUGUGUGUCGGACUAAGGUUUCUAGACGGACACAAUGAAUCCUCAGCAGCGGAUUGCCGCUCUCGGAACAGACAAGGAGUUAAGUGACCUGCUGGACUUCAGUGCGAUGUUCUCGCCACCUGUAAAUGGAGGGAAAAACAGGCCUACAACACUGGGAAGCAGCCAGUUCAGUACAUCAGGUCUGGAAGAACGAGCCAACCAAGCGUCCUGGGCCCCAGGUGGCGAGUCCAGUCCCUCGUAUGACUCCUCCCGGGGUUUCACUGACAGCACUCAUUACGGCGAUCAUUUGAGUGACAGUCGAUUAGUGCCCCAUGAAGGAUUGUCCCCAACACCUUUUAUGAGCUCCAGCAUAAUGGGUAAAUCAGAGAGGGGCUCGUUUAUCGGUUUUGGGAGAGACCCUGGAGUUACUGGCUGCCAGUCGUCGCUAAGGCCUGACGUGGGUCCUGGUUCAGUGGCUGCUUCUGGAAAGUCAGCAGCUUCGUUCUACUCCUUCACUGGGCACAAUCCCAGAAGACGCUCUUUACAAGACGCCCCUCCCAUCGAUCCUCUGCAAACAAAAAAGGUUCGCAAGGUCCCUCCUGGCCUGCCUUCAUCUGUGUAUGCACCAUCGCCGAGCUCAGAAGAGUUCAGCAGAGAUUCUCCUUCAUACAACUCCCCCAAACCCACAAGCAGUAUGUUCACAAGCACUUUCUUUGAUGGCACCCACAGUUCAUCUGACCCGUGGAGUUCAUCCAAUGGCAUCAGUCAGACAGGGUACGGAGGAAUGCUCAGCGGAUCUUCAUCUCACAUGCCACAGUCAGGAAACUACAGCAGCCUACACUCCCAUGAGCGAUUGAAUUACCCUGCACACUCUGUCUCUCCGGACAUCAACUCAAGUCUUCCUCCUAUGUCCAGUUUUCACAGAAGCAACACCAGCACUUCACCAUUCGUCACUGCAGCACACACGCCGUCUGUCAACACAGCAGAUGCAGUCAUAGCUGCUGCAAAUCGGGGGAACGCCACUGGAAGUUCACAAACAGGAGAUGCAUUGGGAAAAGCGCUGGCCUCAAUUUACUCGCCCGACCACACUAGCAGUAGUUUCCCUUCAAACCCCUCUACACCAGUGGGCUCUCCUUCACCUCUGACGGCCACAGCAGGCACAGCAUCAGCAGGGACAGUCGUCACGGCGACAGGCUCCACAACUGGGCGACCAGGCACAAAUCAGUGGCCACGCACAGGUGGACAGACUCCAUCCUCACCAAAUUAUGAGAACUCCCUUCACUCACUGAAAAACAGGGUUCAUCAGCAGUUACAUGAGCAUCUCCAGGAUGCCAUGUCUUUCUUAAAGGAUGUUUGUGAGUCUCGAAUGGAGGAUCGUCUGGACAGACUGGAUGAUGCAAUCCUUGUUCUGAGGAACCAUGCAGUGGGCUCCACUGCCAAUCUGCCCAGCGACAUACACAGUCUGCUGGGACAGGCACAAAAUGGGCCAAUUGCGUCUAUUGGAGCAAACUUCCCAGCCUCGGCAUUGGUUCCAAAUCGGACAACUGCAAUGGGGGGUGCUCAUGCUGAUGAUGCCGCCAGUCUGAACAACAGUCAUGGAGGCCUUCCUAGUGCUAGCUCCACAUCUAGCACGGAGCUCACCCACCAAGUGGAGACAUUCAGAAGUCUUACUGCGGCCCUUAGUGGGCAGGUCCCCUCUAACUUGGAGCUAAAGGUGGAAAAACCGGACAAAGAUGACUUGCUUGAUAGUAUGUCUGGAGAUGAUAAGUCAGAUGAUGAAGGUGAUAGGAGAGACAUGAAGACCCCUCGUGCUGGAACCCGCACAAGUAUUACUGAAGAUGAGGACCUGAAUCCUGAGCAGAAGGCAGAGCGAGAGCGCGAGAGGAGGAUGGCCAACAACGCCCGCGAGCGCCUCAGGGUGCGAGACAUCAACGAGGCCUUCAAGGAGCUGGGCCGCAUGUGCCAGCUCCACCUCAAGAGCGAGAAGCCGCAAACAAAGCUCCUCAUCCUCCAUCAGGCCGUGGCAGUCAUUCUGAGCCUGGAGCAGCAAGUCAGAGAAAGGAAUUUGAAUCCCAAGGCAGCCUGCCUUAAAAGACGGGAGGAGGAAAAAGUGUCUGGAGGUUCUGCUGAAUCCCAUGUCCACCCAGGCAUGACAGACACAUCCAACCCUAUGGGCCACCUUUGAGUAGCAGAAAGAUCAACAUCACACAGACAACAAAUAGUUUCCAGUUUGAGAUGGGAACCUUGGUUCCUGGUGACAGAAAGGACUUUGUGACAACAACUGGAGGAGACAGACCACUUGAAGUAAAACUGAGACUAAUGUAAACCAAUCCAAGACUGAAGUGGAAUCUCACAUCUAGUUUUCCAACUGCAAAAAUGUCCCCAGAAAAAACUUAAGCACAUAUCAAUGUCUGCAAGAAGUGUGUUGCUUCUGAACAAUCAGAGACUUUGCAAUCUCCUCCAAGUGUAUGUGGAAAUUGCCUUGUGCCUAAACUGAAUUGACGAAUGCAUUGUAACAGCAAUUGUUUUUGUUUUUAUUUAUUCUGUUAUUGAUGAAAUUAUGUCUAAAGGGAAAGCUAAGCAGUUUCAAAGAUAAGUAUGCAGCUUUUCAGUCAAUCUACAGUUUGCCAGUGUCACCAAUUAAAUACUGAUAAUAAUAGCCGUGAUAGUAUCAAGUAUCAUAAUAAUACCAUGGACUGUUACGAUGUUUUGAAUGGCUAACUCCCAUGUACUGUGAGAUUUGGAUAUUGUUACAUUCAAAAAUAAGCCUUGCUAAGUCUGGCAAUUCCGUAAUGAGGUAUAUGAUAUUGAGUAUUUGGGCACUAAGAAGCUGCUUUUUCUUUAGGUAUGCACCAGUACUUAAUGGAGGAAAAUGUACUGAAUCUGGUAUUAGAUUAGAUUGAUUAGAUAUUGUUUCAAGAUUAGGUCAACCAAUUAAUGACUCUUUUCUGGUCUAAAGAGUCUCAUAAUCAUAAUCAAAAAGUUGCACUUUUAUAUAUACACCACUGAUCCAUUGUUAAAACUUACAAAUAAACCAUGUACAGUGACAUAACAUAUGUGGAUCGGUUUUGUGAUCAGACAUGGAUAAAUUAUUGUUUUUUAGCAAGAGAAAUAUCUUCUUUCUCUGCACUGGUAUCGGACAAUAUCGGGUAUCAGCAGAAACACCAAAAAAGAUGGAUUGGUGCAUCACAGUUAAUUUGUUAAGUUUUAAUAUUGUGCCCCAUUUAAACUAAAGAUGUAUUAUUUAUUUUUAUUUUUAUUGCCACUGGCCACAAAAUGAGUAAAAACUACAUUUGAAUCGUUGUAGUUUAGUCUAGCUUCAGCUACUGACUGAAAUCACAAGUACUGAAUACUUUAGAAGGAACCCAUUUAAUUUGGCUAGAUUAGCACAUGUAAUUCUACAAAAGUGAGUGGCAAACUCUAGCUUUACUGAAAGCCCACAUUUUGUUGUGUUUAGUCUUCAGUAGUGAGCAGAGAAAAUACAGAGAGCAAACUAUUAACAAACUUUAGCAUUCCCUGUAUGUUAGUGUCUUAACUGAUAAAAUGGGACCUCACUGCCCAUGCAAUUUCUUUCGCCAUAUAGUGUUUAUGUAAACAGUGACAUUAUAUUACAUUUAGCCUGAAGAAUUCAUACCUCUGAGUGGCUUGAUAUGUCAUUUCUUGCCACCAGCUAUAAUCAGUUUGCUUGAUGAAGUAGUACUUUUAAACGACGACCACUGAUUUUCCUGGCCUGAUGAACGUAUCAAGUUCCAUUACAGUUCUUCUGGUAGAAUAUAGCUAUGCCUCUUUAUGUUUUUUUAACAAAUCAUUUUGUCUGGAUUUUGGCAUACUAUGUCCAGCCUACCUGAUAAUGUUAUUUUUGGUAACUUAGGAGCAGUGCACAUCAGUGCAUUUUGUUGAGUUGGGUUUUAGUUGGUUCCUAGAGGUGUAGCACAACAGUGAACAAACAGAAACAUUUCUUUGUUAAAGACAUGGGCUGACAUUGUGUUUUUUUCUUCAUAUCAGUGUGCAUGCUUUACAUUUCUCAAUUAUUUUAGUCCUUUGUCUUAAUACUUUAUAUUCCAUAUAUUUUGUUUGUAUAUUGUCUUUGUCUUUCACCCUAAACAAGGCUACCACAUUCAUGACAGUAUUCUGUAACAAAUUUCUAUAUGGCAAUCCAUAAUUAAUUACUGUGCCAGACCAAGAGUUUACAUUACAUAUUAUUGGCAACCUUAAAAUAACAUUUUUGUGCAGUUUGUUUGAAUGUGGCCUUGUUGAUCAUGUCAGUAUUCAUAAACAUGUAUUUGUGUGGCAGAAGGUGAUUGAGACUAUAAAGUGAAUGCCACAUCCUGCUCUUUCUUUUCUUUUAUUAUUUGCUGUUUCUUCGCUCGUCUGUUUGCCAAGUUAGACUUGCUGUUCUCCCAGAUGCUGUCCCUUGUAUAAUACAUAAAAAGCUAAUUCAAAAGAAAAAAAAUAUUUGGCUUUCACUGUAGUUGGUCUUUUAUACAAUAAUACGGUAAGAAUAUUUCUUGAAGUCUAAAUAUUACUCUUUCUAGAUUUUUGAACGCAAAAGUUUUGAGUAAAAAGUUUCUUACUUUAUUUUACUAUAUUAGAUAGUAAAAUCUAUGGUUAUGUACAAUAACCAGCCUAUUACCGGAGAUUUACCAGUGUCAUCUCAAGAUCAUAGUGAAUCUGUUGCUAUUCUAGUACAUGAAGGUCUUGUACUAGUGCAAAAUUUCCUAAAACUCUGAUGAAUAAAAAGUUCUUGUGUCAAAUGCAAAGGUAUUGUUGGUUCACACCAGAAACAGAGAAUUGAAUUUCUGUCUUUUUCAACAGAAAGAAAACAAUGUAUAUAACAUUUAUGUUGCAAUAAAUGUGCCAUUUUGUAAACACAAAUGUAUUUUGCAUUUAUUUAACUGAAGGAGCAGACUUUCAUUUUGUCUUUUGUCCAUCCCACAUUUUGUCUUUUCAUUCAUUUUUCCAUCCAGGUGUGAAACAGCACGAAUGCUGAAAGGGGCAAUAGAAGUUAACCCUGUUAUUUUUAUUGUUUGUGUUCGGGAUGAUUACAGUGGAUUUAGGCA